AUAGGUCUUGGAGAGAAUUAAUUCAUAGUAACGGCAAUGGAGAUAUACGGUUUACUUUCGCAUAGGUACAAUUAGUUGCCAAUCUCAAUUCAAGAUAUUUUCGGCUUCUUCGUGCUCAUAAUUUUCAAAUCCAGAUGUGAUAAUUAUGUCUUCGCAAGCUAGAGUUUCUUCACAACCUGAGCGGAGGUCGAACAAUGAUAAUGGUAGUGGCAGCUCCAGAUCCCGCCCACCUUCUGCACUGGCUGGCACAAGAACUGAGAGACCAGAUGCACGCCGGCGUCCUUCACCAACACCGGCAGCUGCAGAAUCAAAUCACCGAAGAGCACAAUCGAGCUCGCAGAGGAAUAAUAGAGGGGUAGUUGAAGACAGAAGGACUGAACGGGUUCAUGUCGGAACUCGGGACACAGUGACGUCGAGAACAAGAAGUCCUGAUCGUCGUGCACCUACAGAGCGUUCUAGGACUAGCGAUACUUCUAGAUCUCGCGGGGAGGAGCUUCCACCCAGAACGUCGAAAGUCGAAACCCCACCUGGUAAGAUCCUUUCUAGGGAAAAUGCACAAAAUUAUUCUAAACAUCGCGGUUCUAGUAUUGUCAUGGGAUCCUCAGGUGUCUUUGGUGCCCCAUACGACCGCGCCGUUAGCAUCUAGAAUUUCUAUUCCACCACUUGCUUCUCAAGCUCCCCAAGCCCUACAGCCGCAGCCCCUCCACGAAUUGUCUUUGGAGGCACAAGAAGCAGCUAUAUUGGAGGACCUUCUAUUUGUUUUCAUGGGAUAUGAGGGACAAUAUAUUAGGUUCGGGAAGAAUUAUGACCCCCUCGUUGAAAAGGAUCGUCUCGCUGGGCCCAGCUUUAAGAUAUUACCUGGCUUGGAUCCUAGUUUACAGGACCUCACCACGACUAUGCUUAAAAUGGCUACAAAUUACGGAGCAACUGAGGCUUUCGUUGAAGUGCAGAGCCGGGAAGAGUUUGGGGCUGUGAACCAUGCAUUGUGCGCUGCCAUGAGGAAACUUCUACAUGAUUACCUCAUUUUGAUCGCUCAGCUCGAAACCCAAUUUCUCACUAAUCCAUCUUUUACUUUACAUGUACUGAACCUCCAUACUCUCCCUACGAGUCACAUGAUGCUUCAACUAUCUUCACUUGCCCAUGAAAUAUUGAAGAGAAAUUCCAUGCUUGAGGAAGAUGAGGAAGAUGGGGAUGGAAUGGAUGAUUUCGAAAAUAUUCUAGAAAGUCUCCGGGAAGGUGGAGACCUUGGGCUUGGAAAUAUUCCAGGUAAAAAGAUCUGCAAAGGUGGAAGUGUACUAGGUCUCAUCACCAAACGAUUGGAGACAAUGUCUGGUGAUCCAGCUGCUAGGUCUCUCCUAACCUCAUUGUUACGAGAUGCUAGCCGCCCUUAUAUGGUGAUGCUGAAUGAGUGGUUACAUCAUGGAAGCAUCAAAGAUCCUCAUGCAGAGUUCCUUGUGAGAGAACAGAAAAGUAUCAAGAGAGAAAGGCUGGAGGAGGAUUAUACCGAUGAGUAUUGGGAAAGACGAUACACGAUCAGGGAUACUGAUGUACCUCCUCAAUUGGAAGGUGUCAAAGAUAAAGUCCUCUUGGCGGGCAAGUAUCUGAACGUCGUACGUGAAUGUGGAGGUGUUGAUGUAAGCAAAGAGGUGAAAGAUGUCCCUCGAUCAUUUGAUGACAAUCGAUUCUUGGAAAACGUCAAUAGUGCCUACGCGCAUGCCAACGAGUCUUUGCUUAAGUUAUUACUGACUGCCCAUGCUUUACCUGCACGAUUGAGGUCCCUGAAGCACUAUUUCUUCUUAGACCGCUCGGACUUCUUCUCUUAUUUCCUGGAGCUCGGCAAUUCCGAGUUGCGAAAACCUGUCAAGGCUGUUAACACGAGCAAGCUUCAGUCUUUACUCGAUCUUGUUCUUCGACAACCUGGAAGUGUCGCAGCGCAAGAUCCCUUCAAGGAAGACAUCAAAGUUGAGAUGAAUGAUAUCAGCUUGACAAAUAUGUUGACUAGGGUAGUCAAUAUAUCCGGUAUUGAACAGGGAGAGUCACUACAAACUCCUGCUCAACCAGUCACGGAGAACGACAAGGCUGCUGUGGGCUUUACCUCCCUUCAAUUAGAUUAUUCCGUCCCCUUCCCAGUGUCUUUAGUCAUUAGUAGGAAGACAGUCUGGAGAUAUCAAGCACUCUUUCGGUAUCUGCUAUCCUUGCGCUAUCUUGAGCAACAGCUUGUUUCCUGUUGGCAAACGCAUAACCGAGCCGCUACUUGGUCUCACAAAAGCUCAAAUCGGAACCUUGAGUUGUGGAAGCGAAGAGUAUUUACAUUGCGAGCACGUAUGUUGGUAUUUGUACAACAACUUCUUUACUUUUGCACAUCCGAAGUCAUUGAACCAAACUGGCAGGGAUUGAUGGCUAGGCUCAACGCGAAGGAAGACGAUAAAAUUGGGAAAACACCAGCUGUGAGAACUGUCGACGAACUGAUGCAAGAUCACGUUGACUUCCUUGAUACUUGUAUGAAGGAGUGCAUGCUUACGAAUAGCAGACUUCUGAGGGUAUGUUUAUUAUGAUUCUCAAGUUAAGCUCUGCUAAUCACUUUGACAGAUCCACUCUAAAUUGAUGUCAACCUGCACUAUGUUCGCAACGUUCACUUCCUGGCUCUCGAGAGAAUUGGAGAAGAUCGACACGGAUUUACUAGGUACAGAAAGGCCCAGUACCAUGAACGCACAACAAUGGACUCGCUACCAGCGUGAUCGAAGCGCUAGAAACGGCGAAUCAAACAAUGUGAACCAACCCCCGGAAGGGGGCUUUGAUGAAACCCGACUCGAAAAGAUGUAUGAGAUCAUCAAAAAAUACGAGUUCAACUUUAGCAAGCAUUUGCAGAUUUUGCUAGAUGCUCUCAACCACUAUGCUGCUACAGAAACAGUAGUAUUAUUGGGGUUGUGUGCAAGGUUGAGCACUGCCAAUCAAGGCACUCAGUUUAAUGGCUUACGGACUGAUGAGGAUGGUGCGGGACAACAUUGAUGUUUUCAUUUGGUUGGCAUCGUCGUCCGUUUAGAAUUUGGUAUGGUAUGUUGUGAUGAUAUCCACGGAGGGGCAAUAUGGAGCACGGGCGUUAGUUAACACUUCCCUAUUUUAUGGGCGGCAUUAUUGAAUUAUUGAGAUAAUGAAAGCAAAUCCUUUGUGGCGGUUUGCUUGUAUGUAGAGAUAAAGGGAGAUACUAACUACAUAGUACAACACAAUUAACAAGACUACUAGGUAUGAAUGAUUGCUUGAUUUUGGAGGAAAACAUUGUUAGUUGAUUCUGAUCUCAUCCAAUCCACAAACUUAUGGAUACUAGGUAUUUCGUCUCCAUACAGCCGGAGCAUUUUAGUCAAUUGUGGCGAGUGUACCAUGCCGUAGCGAGGGGCAAUUUCGUCGGCUCCCGAUGAUUUUUGAGACCAAUUUAUUAGCAGCAGGCAAAUCCGGACUUGUUGGGUAAUACAAACAAAACAAACGCCGGGAAAGAGGUAGUCAAAGUACUUACUUAGGUAAUUGUUCUUGAUAAG